GAAGCAGAAGGGACAAAGUCAAAAAAGGAAGAGGAUGCAAGCAAGGACACAUAGCCAGGGAGGAAUACAGAGAGAUUGUUCGAGCAGUCAGGGGCUAGGCUGGGAAAGCUAAAGUCCUGACGGAAUUAAAUCCAGCCAGGAAUGUCAGGAGCAACAGGAAAAGCUUCUAUAGGUAUGUUGGUGAUAAAAGGAAGACUAGGAAAAAUGUGAUCCCUCUCUGGAAGGAAACAGGAGACCUGGUUACCUAAGACAUAGAGAAGGCUGAGGUACUCAAUGACUUUUUUGUCUUGGUCUUUACUGGAAAGUGCUCCAGCCACACACUACAAAAGGCUGGAGAGGGUAUUUUUACAAGGGCUUGCAGUGAUAGAAAGGGGGAUGGGUUUAAACUGAGAGUAGGUUUAGAUUAGAUAUUAGGAAGAAAUUCUUGGGCUGUGGGGGUGUUGAAGCCCAGGCACAGGGUGCCCAGAGAAGCUGUGGCUGCCACAUCCCUGGAAGCAUUCAAGGCCUGGCUGGAUGGGGCUUGGAGCAAGCUGGGAUAGUGGAAGGUGUCCCUGCCCAUCGCAGGGGCUGAAACUGGAUGGGCUUUAAGGUCCCUUCCAACACAAACUAGUCCCUGAUUUUAUGAUUCUGUGCUUACACAAUGCUGGGUGAAAAACUUGCCUUUGCAAAGGAGGGGUUUUUUUGUUGUUGUUUUUGUUUUUUGUUUUUUUUUUUUUUUCAGAAUUUGUCUUGCUAAGAUAGUAUAUUUCAUUUGCGAAAUAGGAAAAUUAAGUCUAACUGUUCAACUCUUUUUCAGACUUUUAUUUUUUUUAAAUGGCGACAUUAAUUCACACUUUAGCAGAUCAUAGUGAUGAUGUCAACUACUGCGCCUUCUCAUCAUCAUGCUUGGCUACUUGUUCCUUGGACAAAACAAUCCGCGUUUAUUCUUUGAGCAACUUCGCGGAGCUGCCGUACUCGCCCUUGGAAGGUCACACGUACGCCGUGCACUGCUGCUGCUUCUCGCCGUCGGGACGGGUGCUGGCCUCGUGCUCCACGGACGGCACGGCGGCGCUCUGGGACCCCCGCGAUGGCCGCAGGCUGGCCGUGCUGCCGCAGCCCGGGGCCAGCCCCGUCAGGGUCUGCCGCUUCUCUCCCGAGGCCGCCUACCUGCUAGCAGGGGCAGCGGAUGGCAGCGUGGUUCUCUGGAACGUGCAGUCCUUGAAGCUCUACCGAUCUGGGAAAGUUAAAGGUGGCUCUUUGAUGGCUUGUGCGUUUUCUCCCAAUGGAAAUUUCUUUGUCACUGGAUCAUCAAGUGGUGAUUUAACCAUUUGGGAUGAUAAAAUGAGAUGCCUAUAUAAUGAAAAAGCACAUGAUCUUGGUGUUACCUGCUGUGAUAUUUCUUCACAUCCAGUAUCUGACAGUGAAAAUGGAUUCAAAUACUUCCAGAUGGCUUCCUGUGGACAAGAUAAUCAGAUCAAACUCUGGCUUAUUCUGUUUGCAGAUUUCUUAGGUGUUCAGUUAAAAUAUAAAUGCACACUGAAUGGGCAUUCUGCCCCAGUUCUGGCUUGUGCAUUUUCGUGUGAUGGACAGAUGAUAGUUUCAGGGUCUGUGGACAAGUGCGUCAUAAUCUAUGAAACUAGUACUGGCAAUGCCCUUCAUACUUUGUCUCGACAUACGAGAUAUGUUACAACCUGUGCUUUUGCACCACAUAGUCCCUUACUUGCCACAGGCUCAAUGGAUAAAACUGUGCACAUAUGGCAGCUUGACCUUAGUCAACCCUGUGCAGGAGAUGCUGUAGAAAAGGAAUCAAAGAUGGCUGUUGAGAACUGGUCAGAGGAUGAUGUUUCAGACUGGCUCUGUACACAGGAUUUAGCAGACUUCGUUGGACUUUUCAAAAUUAAUAAUAUUGAUGGCAAGGAGCUACUGAAUCUUACUAAGGAAAGUCUUGCUAAUGAAUUAAAAAUUGAGUCUCUAGGCCUGCGCAGUAAAGUUCUCCAGAAAAUUGAAGAACUGAGGAUGACAACGAUCCCGGCUGCUGUUCCCGAUGAGUUCCUAUGUCCUAUAACAAGGGAGCUUAUGAAAGAUCCUGUUAUUGCCACAGAUGGCUAUUCCUAUGAAAGAGAAGCAAUGGAAAACUGGAUCAGCAAUAGACGAUCUAGUCCCAUGACUAAUCUUCCUCUCCAUUCUCUUAUGCUCACACCAAACAGGACACUAAAAAUGGCCAUUAGUCGCUGGCUAGAGACUCAGCAGAAAUAGUUAAACACUUCAUUUUGAAGCUGUUUGUUAAAAUUAAUUGAAAGUUUAUGCAGCAGAAGGAAUUAAUUCUAUCAGAAAUAAACGGAGAGAAGUAGUUCUGAUCUGUGGCUGACUCAGCCUUUACUGGUGGAAACUCCCAGAAAAACCUUUAAGUUCAUGGUAGUUCUACUUUGUGGUAUUUCUGUUUAAGAAUCAAGUACUCAAACUCAAUUUUUCAGAUAAAAUUUUCUUAAAAUUUUUACUACAUCUAUCAGUUUUGAGUCUUCAUCUUGCCAAGUUAGUCUUUCAGAAGGUAAGAAACAGCAAAGUAAAGGACCUGUAUUUCUUUUUCUACUCUAAUAAACCGAAAUGUGUCUGUC